CGACGAAUGACGUAGGACGCAGCUGCCGUGUUGGUUGUGGUCGGAGCCGAGCUAGUUAGUAGCUAGAAAGGAAGGAAUCAGGAAAUCUCUGGCAUCGUAGAUAAACACCCUGAAGAGGUGUGAACCCAGCGAGCACACAGCUGUCACAAUACCAAGAGAACAGUAAAAAGACCCGAUUGAGUCCUUCAUACAGCGAGGGUCAACAUGUCUGAGACAUACGACUUCCUGUUUAAGUUCCUGGUGAUUGGCAGUGCUGGGACAGGGAAAUCCUGCCUCCUUCACCAAUUCAUUGAGAACAAGUUUAAACAGGACUCCAACCACACCAUCGGCGUGGAGUUUGGUUCCAGAGUGGUCAAUGUUGGUGGAAAGACAGUCAAACUGCAGAUCUGGGACACUGCUGGGCAGGAGCGAUUCCGUUCUGUUACACGCAGCUACUACAGAGGAGCAGCUGGCGCGCUUCUCGUCUAUGAUAUUACCAGUCGGGAGACAUACAACGCCCUAACCAACUGGCUGACAGAUGCACGGACUCUGGCGAGCCCCAACAUUGUUAUUAUCCUGUGUGGCAACAAGAAAGACCUUGAAGCAGACAGAGAGGUGACCUUCCUGGAAGCGUCACGCUUUGCUCAGGAGAAUGAGCUGAUUUUCCUGGAGACCAGUGCUCUGACAGGGGAGAAUGUCGAGGAGGGUUUCCUGAAGUGCGCUCGCAUCAUCCUCAACAAGAUAGAUUCAGGUGAGUUGGACCCGGAGAGGAUGGGUUCAGGUAUCCAGUAUGGAGAUGCUUCGUUGAGGCAGCUGCGGCAGCCGAGAGGCACCACCACCACACAGAAUAAGCAGCAGUGUAAUUGCUAGGGAUCGGGGCUCCAUCCUCGCCUCAGCCCACAGGCCCACACAGACAGGACGCCCUCUACAGGUGUUUUUUGGUGUGUGGGACCCUUCUCUCUGCAGUCUCACACACCUUGGAUCACCAGGAUGAGUGGUCAUGGAGAUCACUGCAACCCCUGACCCCUGACCUCUGGUAAGACUCUGUACUUCUAACCUGAGGGGGGUCAGCUUUGCCCCUGUGUCUGGGCAGGGACACCCCUCAGAGUUAACACGCUGGGAUCAUAAAGAAGAGGAAUCUUCACCUUUAAAAAAUGGUUUCUCAGUGACUUACCAGACAGGGACGAGUCAAGGGUUGUGUGUAUGGGCUGCCCUAUUGUUGUUUUUAUCUCUGAGCUUUUCAUUUUGAUUUGAAUAACACCUAUAUGCUUUCUAUGUUUGCACAUCAUUGUUUGUAAGUUAUUAUUAUUGCUAAACUAUUUUGUGCAUAAUGAUUGUUCAACCUAUCAGGAAAGGAAUUUCAUGAUUAGUUUGGUCAGCGCUUUUAAGUUUUCAUAUUCAUAAAGGCAAGCUUUUUAUUAUCCAUUAUUUGUUAAGAUUUUUUAAAGUCAUACAGGCCCAAAUGUAGAGCCUAGUUGUUUUACCCACUCUGAGGUGUGUGUUACGUUGAGUAAUUAAAAUUUUUGGUUCGCAUUCAAAUGCACUAUUAUGACAUAGAGUGUUGGCCUUAGUAAUAUACAGUACUUGAUAUUGUGGAGCUACAGUAUAUUAUUCCUCGUCACCAUGUCUCUAAACAGUCAAAGGGAACGGUCCCAUCACUCCACAUAGAUGAGCCUGUGGGUCAGGUUUAAAGCACACACAAAAAGAGAUUUAGCUCUUAAUUUUACUCCAAAGUUCCCAAAGUCUGCAUCAUCAGACUUUAGCCUAUGGUAAAGUCCCAGUGUCUCUGGUCCUAUCGCAGUGGAAAGUUAAGAAAGGGUCAUCAAUCUUUGCAACACUAACACUGCCUUUUGACUCCUCCUGCUGGGCUUUUUUCUCCAUUUGUUUUUGACCUCCUUUUAAUUCAAAUUGCACAUUCUGUGUAAGGGACGUCACAGGAAGCCACAGUUGGUUUGCCUCAGUGCCAUGUUUGGGGAAACUUUCAUGCUGCCCACUCGGUUAUCUCAUAGAGGCUUGACACUGUUUAAUCAAGCAAUGGUUGUAAGUGCGCCUUGAUAAAAGUCAGGAUGCUGUUUUUAAACUUUUUUUGAGGUAGUUUUCACGUCUCCUUAUCAAGCAGCUCUACUCUGCUACAAAAUGUCUUUGAGUUAGCCGAGCCGACCCAGAUGUUUUCUCCUUACAACAGACCCUGUGAGAGAAUCAGGGAAUUUCCACUAAAACAUGGUUUCCUCUUGUGGUGCUGCGGCAGGAGAAUGAAGUUGCGAGUUAAUAAGUUAAAAACAUCCCGCCCCACUGUUGAGUCAAAGGCACUGCUUCUGUCUGAACCACUGAGAGCAGAUCAUACUGACCCAGCCAAGAGGAGAUCAAAACAAACUUAUCCUCCAGUGUUAGCAUAUCCCAUACAAACCAUAUGCGUUUUAGGUGAGCCAGCACACUGAAUGGAAAAAGAUGGUGUGCAGACAUGAGAUAGUAAAGAAUAUCAAGAGAUUGAUGGUCAAAGGUUUUUAUUAGUUUUCAUAAAAUAUUGGCAUUGUGUGAUAGUUUGUCUACUUCUGCAAGUGCACUUUUACGUUUGAAUUUUGAUGUUUUGUUAUGUUUAUAUAUGCUGCAACUAUAGAAUUGUACAUUUUAUUUUACUUGAACGGUAUACUGUAAUAAAGAUUUCAAUUGUAGAUGUUAUCAUUUCUUACUAAAUAACAACUGAGAUUCUUCAUUUGAUUUCCUUGUUUAUGCUGACGUGAGACAAGGCUGCUGUAGCAGUGAGAACUGCUGCUGUCUGAGCUUCUGUUUGUUUAUUGCCCGCUGCUGACGUGGAGGUAGUGAUGAAAUAUGUUCACUUCCUGAGCUGUAGGAGUCCGUCAGCAGCAGCUCUGAUCACUCAUAUUCACAAGUUGUCAUUUAUAUUCAGUUAUCAAGUCCUUUUUAAAUGGUUGAAUGCUGUUGAACCAGUCAGCUUGCAUUCAUCUGUAUUGUACAGUUCAUAAUAAGCAGUCAUCAAAAUAGAGAGAGCCAUAAGAGCAUCAUUUUUUCACUUCCUGUCUAGAUUCAAUCAUGUGGUGAACGCAAUCCAACUCAGUUGUUGCUUAGUAACUGUCAUAUAAUCAACCCAAAAUACUACUGUACAUCUCAAGUAACCUAUACUGUAAAUAAGAUUGUCUAUUUAGGGUGAGUGUUGCUCAUUGAUUGUAAUGAAUAUGCAAUUCCCAGUAAACUGCUUGUUUUUUCAGUUAA